CAUACCUCCUCUAUAAAUAGUCUGUUAACCUAUAAAAACAAAGUAUGUGUUGAAUAUAAAUUGUCAGCUAAACACUGUUUAGGUUAGCAAUGAUGCUCCAGUCAAAAUUGUAUCACGUGACCUCGUUUAACGCUCUAAACAAACGUCGAUCGUCAACAAGCAACAUUUUGUAUAGCCAGUGAACUGUCAAUAUGUCAGAUUGACAUUAUUUAAAUAUUCAUUAUAUACACCGAUAUUUUAAAUAAUUAUUCAAAAAUGGAAAGGAUAACUCAAAAACCGUCUAUGAGUACGAGAUUUAAAUCUGCAGAUUCUAUAAUGUUCCCGCAUCUGCACGUUAUCAGACUUUAUUUGGAACACGCUAAAGUUUUAGAAAAACUGAAAGACGGCGAAAAUACUUCCAAUCUGUUCGGUAAUGAAAAAAUAGAAAUAAUACUACUUAACUCUUAUAUAUCUUUGGGGUUGAUGAACGAAGAUAAUAAAAUAGUGGGGGCUAUUUUCGUGAAUACUCAUCCGAAUAUACCGUCUAUGGCGGCGUGGGAAUGGGAAUAUUGGAUCAAAAUUAAAUACGGGAUGGUUUUGGCAACGCCUCGUAAUACGCUUUUCAUUAACAUGAUUCUAUAUUCUCCGGAUUAUAGCUCGUCCUUUUUGAAACUACUCGUACAUCAUUUGUUCGUAUUAAGAAAUUUUUUGAAAUACGCAGUUGUAGUGAUACCGCCCGGGCAGCAUCAACUGGACUUCUUGGGCGAUUUGGGCGUUCAAGUGCUUCCAGACGAUGAAGAUAUAGCGAAUUGUCAAUAUUUGUACGUAUUUUGCCGUAAGGAUUUUCAAGUUCAAUAUAAGAUCCGACGAGCCGUCGAAGAAGAUAACGACGAUCUUGUACCAUUGAUAGAAACCCAUUCGAAAAAAUUCACAGAAUUGUACGGUAAAUAUUAUAUAGCUGAAAUAUUGAUGAGCGGCAAGGAAUUAGGAAGACAUAUCAUCGUGGCCGAGUACCAAGGUACGGCCGUAGCAGUUUUGUGUUUAAAUUCCGUCGUCAACUAUAAGGUCCUAAAUGAAGAUUUCGAAUUAAUCCCGUAUAAUGGUCUCAAGAAACCACAUCCUGACGAUUUUACAGACUUAUCUGUGGAAUAUUUACCUAAACAUAGCGCGGAAAGGAUCCGCCAUUCCAGGGCAUCCGAUGAUGAAAUUUUAGAUAUAGUAGAACAGCGUUCGCGUACAUCUGAAACGGAAAUUAAAGACGAGGAAAUGUUUAUGACGGUUUCGUUAACGGAAUCGGAUGAAUUUUCUUUGGUGUUUACAUCCGCUUCGAUGUUCGUUUUCCAAGACGACGAGGACGGAUCGAUUUCGGUGAGGUCCUUUCACGUCGAUAGCAAAUCUUUCAGCUCCGAAUCUGUAUUGAGCAAAUAUUUGGAUAUACCGGAAAAAGAAGUUUUGGAUGAUAAUACCGUUGAUUGGAUAUCCGGAUAUUCGACUUCAAAGGGGCACAUCCAAAAAACUCCCGAAUUCAAAGGGGAAGACAACGCUUUUUCCUUAGAAAUAGCAGCUUGUCUUCCUUCCCACGAAUACGGGCUGAUAAUGCUAUUCGAAUCGGCUUUCGAAUGUUUCCCUAAUAGAGAUUAUUGCGUGAUGGCAGUACCAACUACGAUCAGCGUAAUCAAACUGACCAAGUAUUUCGGUAGAGUACCGCCAAGAUGUACUGGUACUUUUCCUUCGGAAUUGUACGUCAUGCAUAAAAAUAGUAUGCUGGGAGAAUUGGCGGUCGAGAUUGCUUCUAAAAGUCACGAGAAACAAGUAAAACAACUAUUGUCGACGAUUCCCGAUAGUUAUUCAGCCAUUCAACAAUUUGAAAUUUCGAUAAACUUUCCCAGAGGUCUUUACACGUCCUUUGUGUGUUUGUGUGAUAAAGAAGUCAUCGGAAUUUGCAUAUUGUCAGAGGAAAUCGAUUUGGAUUACCUGACUUCUCAUUACGACGUCAGUUCCUUACACGUCGACUCCUACCCUCCGGGAAGUCACGGCAUCAUAGAAAGCAUCGUAAUAUCACCCAUAUUCCAACGACACGACAAAUUUUUUUUGAGAGAUUUACAUCGUUUGUCCAACUACUCUAUACUUUUUUAUCGACAUACCCCGUACGAUAAUUUAGAAGCUUAUCGAGAUAGACCUUUGAUAAAUAACCUGCAAAAUCUACUUCCUAUCUUACCAAUCAUGCAACCGGAAUACGAUUUGAACGUACUCAAAGAGGAAGAAUGCGCACCUUCUGAAGUAGUAACCGAAAAAAAGGAGCCUUUCGCUUUGUACGUUUCGACAGUAAACAUUUGCAGCCAUACUAGACACGUCAUCAAUACAAAAAUCAUUAUAGUAGGAUGCAGUAAUACGGCUCUAGCUUUUAUCCAUGCUCUGGUAUUCAGACAAAGCGUUUCUUUAUUGGUAACUUAUAAUAACAUUACCAUGAUAUGCCCGAAUGGUUUUAGACAUAAAAAGAUAAAUAAUAAAAUUCGGGAUUCUUUUGGGGUGAAAAAAAAUUUUAUGGACGCUCGGUACAUGGAUAUGAUUAAUUUGAAGGCGUACAUCAAUAUCGUUCAAGGGAAAAUAACGAAAAUCGACAGGAAGGAGCAGUAUGUUGUUGUAAACAAUAACAGUUUUCUCGAAUACGACAUGCUAUUCUUGAUGACUGGAGAACAAUUCCAAAAACCGACGAAACUCAACAAACAACGUUUUUCGGAAAAACCGGAAAACGUCUUCGUAAUAAACUCCGCGUUAGAUGCGAAUCAAGCUGUUAGUAAAUUGAGACAUUUAUAUCGGAAACGGAAAGAUAAUAAUUAUACCAUCAUCGUUUACGGUCAUUUUCUUCAAGCGCACGCCACCGUAAACGGUUUGAUCGAUUUCGGUAUAGCAGGAAAUCAUUUGGUUCUGAUAGAACCUUUCCCUUAUAGUAUGGCUUUGGAGAAACGACAGAGACACAACGUUUCGAUUUAUAAUAAUCCCGAAGUGGAUUCGGUAGUUUAUGAAUCUUUUGAAAAUAAACGGGUCAAGAUCUAUUCAUCUUAUUAUUUUAUUGAUUGGACGUACGACGCGGAAAGCAACUGCAUCACCAAAGCAAAAUUCGAAUCAAAGCAUAAAAUGUUAGAGAUGGAGUGUUUGGCUUUGUUUUUCUUCAGCGAAAAAGAAAUCAGUCCGAGAGUAUACAGCGUCAUCAAUAACGCUGGUUUAGUUUAUGACGGUAGAUUAGUGAUAGAUAGUAAUUGUCAAACGAACGAUUCUCGUAUAUUCGGUGCUGGAACUUUAACGAAAUAUUCAAGAAAAUAUUUUGCCCAAAAUAUGGCGCACAAAUAUUAUAACCGAAUCGAAAUCGGUAAACGUUUAGGUGCACAAAUCGGUAAUUUAUUAUUACCACAAAAAAGUUUGUUUAAGGAAAAGAAAGCAGGAUGGAAUUUCCGUAUAGAAAGAGGCGAAUCUUUAGUACCUAGAUACGUAGAUCCGAUAAUGAGAUAUUGUAGAUUACCUGGUAAUCUCUAUUAUCUCUCUAUAACAAAACCGGGUAGACGAAUCCCACUCGAAACGGCAGUUAGUAUGGAAAAUUAUGGUCAAGUUUUGAUAACCGGCAAUUGCCGCAACCUAACUAAACAAGGUUAUUUUCAAUUGCAUUUGAACGAAUUUAAGAAAGUGGAAACUAUCACGUGUCUACACACUUUGCCAAUAGAUGCAUACAACCUGCACUGUCUUUGGGGUAAACACGAGAAGUUGUUAAACAAUCUGACUAUCAGAUUCGAAAUGGUACUUAUAACUGAUCUGUUCGCGUAUUUCAAAGAACCUUGGGCGUACGCUUUGUACCAUCAAGAUUUCAGUUGUCUUUUAGAUGAACUCAAUAUGCUGAUGACGUCUAGCGUGGGUUCAUCUGGUCACGCGACUUUGAUAAACGAUCUGAUAAAUCUGUAUAAGGAGCACAAAUGGAAAAAGUUACCUACCGAAUCGAAAAUAAUAUUAGAAGAAAAAUUCAAAUCUUUAGCGUAUCCGAAAAUGAUCGAACAAAAAGUAUUGAAUUUCCUCAAAAGUCAUUUGGAUUUGCUACCGAUGUACGCCCAUCCUUUGAUCAUAAAAGAUCUAUUGAAGAAUUUCUCCAACAGCCCUCUAUUUACAUGAUCUUUUUAUUAUUAAAAUCAUAUUUUCAUAUCAUAAA